CCUUUGCUUAUUCCCAUGAAGAUCAAGGGAUGGUUCUGGCAGUCCCAGCCUUUCCUUCCUGAUAUCCACUAUCCUUCUGCAUCUUGCAGGUCUUGCUUUCUGGACUUGUCAGCCUUGUGGACUCCUGUGCACACCUCUUCAGCUAUGAGUAGAUCAGUAGGAUUUAAUAUCUGUGUGGUCACCUGCUGCAUCUUGCUCUUAUCCUCCAGCCCACCAUGCCUUGCAUCUCCACUGCUGGAGGAGAGGGACAUGACAAAGACCCAGUAUGGCUCAUGGGCAGGGAAUGGGGUGGAAGAUGAAAGGACAAGCAUGCCGAACUUAAUAAAUAAGCUUGGCCCUUCUGAGCAAACCCUCUCUGAGGAGCCAUCUGGAGUGUCAGCAAAGCCAUCUGGGAUGCCCUUAAAUGAGGUUUUCACUGCUGAAAGAGAAACGCAGCCUGUAAGCCCAAGCCGUACCUUCCUAGGCAGCCAGAGCCUGGAUGUCAGCACCACCAUGCCUGGGGCAGUGGCUGCUGCAGAAGAGGAGCUCAGUCCCACCAACUCAGAACUGAAUGAAAGUGAAGAGUUUAAGGCCAUGCUGACCACAGCUGUGACCACCCUGAGCCCUCCUGUCCAGGAGGAACCCAUCAGCAAGGCCACCACAGAGGACUGUGAGGUGGGGCAGAGCUCUGCCAGCCUCCUGGCAAACCUCCCUUCUGUCACAGCUGCAACAGAGGAGAUAGCAGAGAGCAGCUCGUACCCCUCAGCUGCCCCCCAGCCCCACAGUGAGCAAGUGCCCACUUGGCAGCCCAGCACUCCCAGCCUGGAAGGGGCGAGUGACUACCUCAUCAUCCCAAGUGCACAGGCCCCAAGUGAGAGCUUUGAGGUGGGAACACCAGAAGUCAACACAGGCAGUGCUCUGAGGCUUCUGGCUUCACAAGGAGCCACCACUGUGAACCACCCCCUCGUGACCACUGAGGCCAACCUCCAUCUGGGGGCAGACACAGGUGUGGGGCAAGGAGAGCAGCCCACUGCAGUGAGCACUGCCUCCAGCCUGCCUACUGACUCUGUGCCCCUAGACUGGGAUGACACCAAGCUGGGGAGUACAAGUCAAGGGGGAAGCGUGCAGCAUGAGGAGGUGGGAGAGGACCAAGUGGCAACAAAAGCAUCUGUGAUCCCACUGGGAGAUAUGGAGGAAAAGGAGGAUGAUGUGACAAGAGUGCUGCCAUCCCCAGCGUCUGCUCCACCAACUCCAGGGCUUGCAAAGGAGAUCAACUGCACAACCCCUGCAGCGAUGCAUGGGGAAGAUAUGCUGGUUACUUCCACAGCCAGCAGUGAUGUUUCUCUCACAGGGGACUUGCCAGAUGUAGACACAGGUAGUCUGAACUCUCUGGAAAACGUAAACAUGGUCACAGCAGAAGAGAGGAGCAUCCCUCCUUCACAUCCAGAGGCUCCUGUGAUGACAGACAUAACAUCUGAUCUCUCCUCUACUCUGGAGAGCUCACUGGAAGGCCUUACUCAGGAGGUGACAACUAUUGCCCAGGAGGCUGCUGCUGCUCUCACAGCUGUGACACUGCCGCCUGCUCCUGCCCAGGGGACAGGAGCUGCAAGCCUUCCCCAGGAAACCAGUGGGGAGGACACCCAGGUGCUGAGUGCCCCUGGUGCCACCCAGAUGCUGACAGCUGCAGGCACCUCCACGGUGAAAACUCCAGGUGUGGAAGAUCUCACAGAUAUGGUCCUGGUCACUGGUGAGAAGGCUGUUCCAUCUCCGGGUGGGUUGCUGGCUACACAGUCUGGGCAAACAGAGGAACCAUCCAGCAAAACGAUGGUCCCGGUGACUCCAGCAUCAGUCACAUCUUCAGUCAGGAGGACAGCUCUUCCAGUUGUGAGGAAGAUUAGUACAGCUGUAACCUAUGGGCUGGAUCGGCUGGAGUCAGAAGAGGCCGAGGAAGAGGAAGAGGAUGAAGAGGAGGAGGAAGAAGAAGAGGAGGAGGAGGAAGAUGAAGAGGACAAAGAGAUAGAUUCUAUGGACGAAAGCAUGGAGGGUGACACAGAGCUGCCGGGCUUCACGCUUCCAGGCGAGACGUCCCAGGAGCCCAUAGCUGGCCUGGAGAACCCUGCAGCUCAGCUGGCUGGGGUGUCCUACCAGGUUCCUGACACCAUUGAGUGGGAGCAGCAGAACCAAGGGUUGGUGAGAAGCUGGAUGGAGAAGCUGAAAGAUAAGGCAGGAUACAUGUCGGGGAUGCUGGUUCCCGUAGGAGUCGGGAUAGCUGGAGCCCUCUUCAUCCUCGGAGCACUCUACAGCAUUAAGAUUAUGAAUCGCCGGAGGAGGAACGGCUCAAAGAGGCAUAAAAGAAAGCAGAGGGAAUUUAACAGCAUGCAAGACCGAGUAAUGCUCCUAGCCGACAGCUCUGAAGACGAAUUUUGAAUUGAACUGCAGUGCCCUUGCGAUAUCCAGUGACUUGUAAAAGGAGGGAGGGGAGGAAGAGAAAAGAAGGAAGGACUUUCUGCUGCAUCGCUGCUCUCAGCCACCCCAAACACCGAGCAGUGCUUGGUACCACCCCGUCGAACCAGCAUGCUAUGCUCUCCAUGUACUGCGCGGUGAUGUUUGUUUUGAUACAGUAGUGAGAUUUCACAUUCGCACCCGGCGCCUCAUUCAGAUCCACAGCGCAUCUCGCUGCAGCGGGAGCUGAUCCGUGUGGAUGAUUAUUUUCCUAUUAUCCUGCUGUACUAUUUCGGUCCUGGCUGGCAGUAAUCUAAUCUUAACAAUAGCUCUCAGCUAACCUGGGAAUGGAUAUCUUUACCGUGAAUGACUUCUGUCCAAUUUGUUAAUUUUAAAUGUUAACGUUACCUGAGCUAGAGUUCAUUAGUGCUGAGAUUAGCUGCUCUGCUUAAUUAAUGAAUUAUCCACUUGGACUGUAUCCCUCAUCGUCUGAGAAGUGCCCGAGUACAGUGCUGUUGAUACAGUUUGAAGCACACUUCUAUCCUCUUUUCCCCAAUUCCCCCCCCCCCUUCUUUUACAACCCCUGCCUUCAAGCUCUGCUCCUCGCUUCUUGGAAACACGUGGGAAUGGCCUCAACACUUGAUUCACAGCAAAAAUUUUAGUCCAUUUUCAACCAGCACCGUCCGUUACAGCACAAUAAAUACCAGCACUCACGUACCGAUGGGUAGUCUUGCAUGGAUCCCUUAGCUUUUGUUCAGUGUGCAGGUAGGUAAAAGGAAAGACAGGGGAGCUUUCCUCUGUUUGUAGGCACCAGUGGCUGCUUUGCCUCUAACACAUGGCUGCGUUCACGUCGACACGGCGGUGAAGCAUGUCUCCUUCCCCAACUGCAAGCUGCAUUUUCAGCCCCUGAAAGCUCCGUGAGUGGCAGAAGCUUUGGGAGAGCUGAUGGGUCUUGUCUCCGUGCCACUGAAAGCAAGGAAGGCACCAGAGGUGGCUGAGCUGUCAGGGUGUCACGAGGCUCCUGGCUGAUGGGGGGACAGCUGGAAAGCAGCAGCCCCAGUUGGAGGCACGUCCAGGGGAGGGGAGCUGGUUGAGCUGGGAACUCUUGGCCGUGGGGAAGAGGUGUAGGUGUAGGACAGGUGGCUGUGGAGGGCUGUGGAGAUGGAUCCUAAUGGUGCUGUGGGGUGAAGGCAAGCUGCCUGUGCUGCUGGCACCAAAUUGCAGAGGGAAACAGGCAGUGUCUGACAUCACUGAACUGAGCAGGGGAAGCUAAUGGUGCUUUGGACAGUCAAAAUAGCUAAUAACAAAGGGCUGCGUUACUUCUCUCUCUUGCCAGUUGUGAAAUGACUCUUUGAUCUUCUGUUUAUGCAAAAUAUCCGUGUUUCCAAGGUGGAAAUCACUGUUGUGUGCGGAAUGAUCCAUCAUACAGAGAGCAGCGUCUGUCGCUGAAGGAGGCUUGGUUGGAGAAAUGAGGUCAGACUGAGAUAAGUCCCACUGAGUCUUCGGGGAGGUGUGAGGAAGAGGUGCAUGAGGAGACACCCAUGCAGGACUUCAUGCUCAGUAACGGUGAAAAGGCUGUCAGGGUGCUGAGGAUAGAUAUACUUGAUGGUAAGCUUAUGUCUCGUAGGCGUGUGAAUGGGUUUGGGUGGUAGAAACAACAUUCAGAAGGGCACAC